AUGGGGGUUCCUUUCGAAGCUCUUCUGCCAUAUGCGAUCAUGGUUGGCAUGUUCGGUGUUACAGGUGCUGGCCUCGCCUCGAUCAAGUACUACGCAAACGACUUCAAGCAGCCAAGGAGACAACUAGACGUGUGGGACAGGCAAAUGAUGGAAAGAGAUCACCGAUUGACCGGGAAAAUAAGAGGACAGUCGGACGCUGUGGUGGCUCCCGUUGGCUUCGAAGUGAAUAGCAGGUGGAAGGCCGAACCUCGCAUUACUUAA